GAGAAGUCACUGAAGGCCGCAUUGCCUAGCAACGGUGCCGUUUAGUUUCUCGUGCCGGGCACCGGCUAUCGGCGGAAACUUUUAGCUAACUUUCUGUGAGACACAAUGCCCAGAAAGACGGAGAGAAAAAGCAGCGACAAACGAGAUGGAAACAAGAAAACACCGAAAAAGGAAAACUCCGAGUUUCCUGCAGAGAAAAGCGAGUCUGGCGACAAAGAGAAGGACCUCUACCUGACACAGAUAGCGUAUUUAACCGACGAGCUGGAGCGAUAUCAGCUGAAAUGUGAUGACCUUGUGAGACAGAGGAAAGCCUUGCUGACUCAGCACAGCACACUGGAGCAGGAGAACAAAGACACGGUUGCGUACCUGAAGCGUUCCCUGUUGGAGAAGGAGGACGAGGCGGGCGAGCUGUCGCAGCGGCUGCAGAACCAGCUGCAGGUUUCAGAUCAGGAAAGAGACGCCCUGCAGCUGCGGCACAGCCGGGAGAGGCAGGAGCUUCAGAACCGCAUCGAUGAACUUAUCAAAGAAAACGCAGCACUUGCGGAGAGGCUUGCAAGCCUGGAGGCGUUUCAGGAGCAAAAGGAGGAGAUGAUGUCCAGCUUAGAGUCUCUGGAGAAGCAGCUGGCGAGUCAGAAGGAAGAGCACAAAGAUGACAUUCACAGCCUGGAGAUGAAAGCGCUGCUGGAAAAGAGGAGAUUGGAGAGGGAGAUGGAGUCUCACGCUGCAGCCAUGGCAGCAGAGGUGCAGCUCCUGGUGGACCAGAAAGUCCCGGAGACGACCAGGCUGGCGCUGCAGGAGAAUGCGGAGGUGAAAGCUCGCGUGGGGCAGCUGUCAGAGCAGGUGCAGGUCCUGAUGGAGGAGAACGCCGCCCUGCGGGGCUGCAAGAGUCAGCUCAGCGUGGAUGUGGAAAACCUGGAAGAAAUGCUCAGAGAGACGUCACGCACCAGCUGCGUCCGUAAGAAGGUGGUGGAGCAGCUCACAGAGAAGUGCCAGCAGCUCCAGGCGGAGCAGAAGGACUGCAGGCAGCGGCUCGAGCAGCUUCAGACCGAACACACAGGAGCCCUGGGCAAGAUGGAGGCGCUCAGGCAGAAUCAGGCCUCUCUGUCUGAACAGUGCAGUAAAAACAGAGCUCAGGUCAGCCGGCUGGAGGCGGAGCUUCAACAGGAGAGGAGGAGGAGGAGCAGGAUGAAGAACAUCAUUCAGGAAACAGCUGUUGCUCUCAGACAAGCACUGAUGGAGGAACACAUGCAGCAGGACUCAGAGGUGGACCAGUGGAAGCAGCUGAUGCAGAGGAUGCUGGUGCUUUUAAGCAGAGAUGGAUUUGCCAGCUCCGCUGCUGACAGCGGCAAAGUAGACGAGCUGCAGACGCCUGACUCUGCAGCAGCCCGAACAAGAAAUCUGGAUCUAGAUUGGAGUUUCCAGUUCCAGCUGGCCCGCUACAGGCCGGGAGAUCUGGGUUUUGUGCCUCGCCCCGCGCUGAAACACAAAAACGUGCUCUCCAGGAUGGAAGCCGGCUCCAGCAGGAAACCGUCGAGUCUGAAGGCGGACAGCUCUGUGAAGCUCACCGAUUCAGCUGUGACCUCCAAACACUCAGAGACCAAACUCAAGUGACAGUAACAAAAGUCAUUUCCUAAAAUCUGUAAAAGUCGAUUAUGUUGCAGUUCAGUCUGACAUCGACUGCGACUCCUGUCAGCUCAGCCUCUGUAACAAACUCUAAUAAUGUUCCUGCUGUUUCUGGCUGUGUGAUGAAAACAGCUUGUCUGUUAUUGUGCAGUGAAACAAGAAACAUGUUAUGAAUGUUGUUUAUCACAGUCUUCAUUAUUCUACUUGGCUGUUGUUACAGAAUAAUGAAAAUUCUUUUACUGAAUGAUGAUCAGCACUUUGGGUUCUGGGAAGCUGCAGCACACACUCUACAGCAUUUCAUAGAUUUGCAUAUUGAGACAAUAGGUGAAAGUACCAGCGAUCAUCUCUACAGCAGAGGGACUGAAGGGCACACUGAGCCCCCCACAGGGGGCAUCUGGAAUUGAACCAGAGACCUCUUGAUCUGCAGUCAACUGCUCUGCCAGUGAGCUACACCCCCAUGUGGCAGAUUUUAAUCAGCUGUUUUAUUACAAAGCUACACAGACGUACAAAAGUGACUAAGAUGAUAUUAAGCUGCAACAUCAAAGUUGUAUUAUAUAUACACUAAUGAAGUUCCUUUCUGAGCCUGGGUCCAUAUUGAUCCUGGGUAAUGAAGGUCUCUUCAUUUAUUGUGUUUAUCUCCCAAAGCUGGAAAAUUCCAGCAGGUACGAGUUGUUGAACACAUCAAACAUGUAACCAUCAGCUUAUGGUCAGAAACACCAGAACGGUUUAAACUCAGUAAAACUAAAUGACCAAAAUCUUAAAGUGGAAAGAACUUUUGAAGCAGAAUUUGCAUGUGGUCACUUUGUUUUUUCUGCUCUGUGAUUGACUCGUUUUUGUUUUUACUCUGUGUGUUUUUAUCCUGGUGGAUAAACCUUGGCAAGUUGGCGGCGUGUCUGCUUUUCUAAAUUAAAGCUCAUUAAAGCUGA